AUUAUAAUCUCAAUCCGUCUCAAGUCAUGAAGAGAGAGGGAGACAGAACAAACGGGGGAGAAGCAGGAAAGGACAGAGCAGAGCAAAAACAGAGACUUUACUACACUCGUUGACGUUUCCAAGGCUCCAAAGCUUAAAACCGGCAUUUUCCAUCCCCGUUCAAUUCCUUAUCUCACUCACCCCUUCCUUCGCCGGCUUCUGAUCGCCCUCCGUUCUUCCCUCUCCGACGCGCAGCGUCAGUUCCUUCUGUCUGUGGUAGACCAGAAGAGGCCCACAGUGUCCGAGAAUCACGAGACAGAGGAAAGCUCGAAAAUCCGUUUUAACCCAGAGAGAGGAGAAGGAAAAAGAAUGGGUUGCUGCUUUAGCACUCCGGAGAAAGUCGAAAAGCCAGCUGAUAAUAGACCCUACCCGGGAAGUCGACCUUCGGCAGGAACAGAUCAAAUAGGCAGCACGGGGUACCAUCCCAGAAUGGCUCCUCCAAGAGAGGCAAGGACUGCAACGGUCCAACCGAUCGCCGUUCCUGCCAUCCCAAUUAAUGAAAUGAAGGCUAUAACGGACAAUUUCGGGUCUUCUGCUUUUGUGGGUGAGGGCUCCUUUGGGAGGGUAUUUCAUGGUGUUUUAAGAAGCGGGAAAGCCGUAGCCAUCAAGAAGUUAGACUCGAGCAAGCAGCCUGACCAAGAAUUUCUCUCCCAGGUCUCAAUGGUUUCAAGGCUGAAGCAUGAGAAUUUUGUCGAGCUUGUUGGCUACUGCGUGGAUGGUCCACAGCGCAUCCUUGCAUUCGAGUAUGCGUCCAAAGGGUCGCUCCAUGACAUUCUUCAUGGAAAGAAAGGUGUGAAAGGGGCACAGCCUGGUCGCCUUCUUUCUUGGGCCCAGAGAGUUAAGAUUGCCGUGGGGGCCGCAAGGGGGCUCGAGUUCCUGCAUGAGAAGACACAGCCUCCGAUUAUCCACCGGGAUAUCAAGUCCACCAAUGUUCUGAUCUUUGAGGAUGAUGUUGCUAAGAUUGGUGAUUUUGACUUGUCGAAUCAAGCCCCUGAUAUGGCUGCACGACUCCACUCAACUCGUGUGCUUGGGACCUUUGGCUAUCAUGCUCCAGAAUUUGCCAUGACUGGACAGAUGAACUUGAAAAGUGAUGUGUAUAGCUUUGGAGUUGUCCUUCUGGAACUCUUGACUGGCCGUAAACCCGUCGAUCAUACAUUGCCUCGUGGACAGCAGAGCCUCGUGACUUGGGCCACUCCAAGACUUAGCGAAGAUAAGGUCAAGCAGUGCGUUGAUCCAAGGCUGAAUGGAGACUAUCCCCCAAAGGCAGUUGCAAAGAUGGCUGCAGUUGCUGCACUAUGCGUGCAAUACGAAGCUGAUUUCCGGCCAAACAUGAGCAUCGUUGUGAAAGCCCUCCAGCCUCUGCUAAACACUCGAUCGUCCGUUCCACCUCAAUCUCCAAGUUAUGGGUGAAUUCAUUCUGAGCCUUGAACGAUGGCUUCUAAAAUAUUACGGACGGCUUCAGUUUUUCUUGAUCCCCUAUUUCUUCUUCUUCCUUUUUCUUCUACCCAGAAAAGCUGUAAAUUAUAUACCACAUCUAAAUUACUAUUUUUCCUUGUGAUAAAAGAGAUCUAUCCCGAUGAUGUACUGCUGAAAGUGAAAUACCUUGAUGCUGUCUUAUAUAUUGUUCAUUGUCCCAAUGUA